AUGGAGCUUAAUUCAAAACCAAAGUCUGAGAAAGACAGUCUUCAUUUCCCCAUUACGAACGGCGAUGUUAGAGGAGAUACCGAACACAACAAUGGGAUCAAUGGAAACAAAUAUCAAGUAGUCUCUAUUGACAACUCCAGUUUUUUAUGUGAACUGAGCCAAACUGAUAUUAAAGACGACGGGAAGACCCGCCAUAUCUGGCCACGAAAGAUCGAGUAUGUGUUGACGACGAUUGGCUUCUGUGUUGGGAUGAGCAAUGUGCUGCGUUUUCCGUACGUUUGUAUGAGAAACGGUGGAGGUGCUUUCCUCAUCCCCUACAUCCUGUGUCUGACUGUAUGUGGGAUCCCUCGCUUCUUCCUGGAGGUCAGUCUCGGUCAGUUCAUGUCCAGGGGACCUCUUCAUGUCUGGAGUAUUUGCCCUUUGUUUAACGGUAUCGGCAUCUCUAUGAACAUCCUCUCCUUCCUGAGCUCCUGGUACUUCUGUAUGAUCUUCGCCUACAUCCUCAUCUACCUCGUCAACUCCAUGAAGUCGCCCCUGCCCUGGACCUUGUGUGGUCAGGCCUGGAACACGCCCCUGUGUGUACCCCCGGGCCAGCGAGGCGUCGAGUUACUCAAUGGGUCGCGGGCAGCUGAUUGGGUCAACAUGACCCAAGUCAUGAACGUGACGGUGAACGUUUCCAGAAACGCAAACUCUGCCAGUGCUGAAUUUUGGCGCAACAAUGUGCUAGAGUUGUCUUCCGGUUUAGAAAACUUGGAUGGUCUCCCUUGGCACACGACUGUGGCUCUACUAGUCUCGACCAGUUUAACGUUCGCUUGCAUAAUCAAGGGCAUUCACUCAGUUGGAAAGGUAGUUUAUAUCACGGCCCUACUGCCGUACCUGCUGCUGACUGUACUCAUCAUCAAAGGCGCUACCUUACCUGGUGCUGUGGACGGGGUUUUGUUCUAUGUGUACCCAGACUUCAGCAAACUGCUGGUAGUACAGACAUGGCUAGAGGCUUGCAUCCAGGUGUUUUACUCGCUGGGUCCAGCCUAUGGGGGACUCUUCACCAUGGCCAGUUACAACAAGUUCCAGAACAAUUGUAUGAGAGACGCCAUUGUGCUGUGUUUUGUCUGCGAAGGGACAAGUGUUUUCGCCGGUUUCGCCAUCUUUCUCGUCCUUGGUCACAUGGCCUACAACCUCCAGCUGCCAUUGGCUGACUUUUCUCAGUCAGGUGCGGGGCUGGCCUUCGUUGUCUACCCAGAGGCCAUCUCCUACCUCCCCCUCCCCCAACUGUGGGGGGUGUUGUUUUUCUUCAUGCUGGUCACUAUAGCUUUGGAUUCCCAGUUCACCUUAGCUGAGACCGUCCUGACGACCUUACAAGACAUUUGGCCAAGAUUCGUCAAGCGGUACAACAUCUACAUCAAAUUAACUUACGGCGUCACGUUUUUCCUCGUCUCGUUGCCAUUAGCAACCAGGGGUGGGAUGUACCUGUUCCAGCUGAUAGACUGGUACUUCGCUGCCUUUGCUAUCCUCCUCAACGCUUUUCUGGAAUGUGUGGUAGUGGCGUGGAUAUACGGCGCAGAACGUUUCCUGGAUGAUCUGAACUUCAUGUUUGGCAGGAGACCGCCAUAUUUGUUUUCCUUGUUGUGGAGAUUCAUCGUGCCUGCUGUUCUCAUUGUAGGUCUAGGUGGUUUUUUAGCCUCUGUCCGUGUGGUUUCUUGGUCACUGACCAUGUUGUUUCUUGGUCACUGCCCAUGUGGUUUCUUGGUCACUGCCCAUGUGGUUUCUUGGUCACUGCCCAUGUGGUUUCUUGGUCACUGCCCAUGUGGUUUCUUGGUCACUGCCCAUGUGGUUUCUUGGCCAUUGCCAAUGUGA